UGUCCCAUUGGGGAGAUUUCCCUUCACUUCCUGUCCUAUAGCCAAUCCAGAAGUGAGGAAAUCCCUGCAAAUUAAGGGAAUCCCCUGGGAUCCCCAGAACUAGUCUCCCCAUUGGAGGAUUUCCCCUAACACUUUUUCAAACAUCCCAAAAUUUGGGAUUUUCUUUUACUUUCAAUGAGGGGCGGACUGACAACUCAUGGGGCCCCCAGGCAAUAGGGGAUCAUGGGGCCCCUGUGUCCUUGCCCAAACUCAAAAAAGCCUAUGAAAAAGGUACCAGGGGCAUCUCACGGGGCCCCCUAUUGCCCCCGGGCCCUCGGGCAGUGCCUGAGUUUCCAAAUGGUCAGUCCGCUCCUGCACUGGAAUGUGGCAAAACGCAGCAAAAAU